AUGCGAUGGCUAAACGAGGCCACAGGGAAUAAAACUGACGGAAAUUCUGCACGAGAGACGAGUCAAGAUGAGAAUAGCAACACUACUGCAACAAAGACACAUUCUUUUGACCCACUCCUGGUAUAUCGGAAAAAAUUCUUCUCAGAUGAGAUGGCAUCAGUGAAAAAUAUGCUCACAGGGAAAUUAGAGCAGGCAGUUCCAGCCAUGAAGCCAUUUGUGCAUGAAGCAUUUGCCAUGUGGAAAACACACAUCAUGAAUUUUUGUGGGCACUUUGCCAUGAAAAGAUUUGAUAUUAGCCAAAAAGUUACCCUUCUGGACCAAAUUAAAAACCAUCUGCCUAACGCCACUCAUCGUCAGCGGGCAGAGGUAACUGGAGUGCCGAAAGCUACAUCUGCAUGCUUGAUACAUCGGCAAGAUAAACAAGAGAAGAAUGGGCAUUACGUCCCAAAACAAAAGCAUGAAGGUAAGGAUCCAGAUGUUGAAGUGGCCCAGAAUCAGUGGUUUUCCAUUAGUGAAAAUAAGUUUGUUUCAGGGUUAAGCUCAAGAAAGGAUUUUAGCAAUCAAAAUAUUGCUGACCAACACGUGACUGAAAAGAUAAAAAUAGAAGAUGAGCAUUAUAAACUUUCUAGUUCCAACAGGGGAACUCAGCAAGCUAAAGAUUUAUUAUUCCUGAAGGAUCUGAAUGGAACAGAUAGGUCACAACAAACGGAUCUGAAACUUCCGAUAACUUUACACUCACUUCCACCUGGAAUCAAACUGCAGAUUCAAGGUUCAUCUUCAACAUGUGAAGUGGUCAAAUUCACCAAAUUAACUGGACCAAUAGCAACUAACAAAAUAAGUGACAUUAGAUUACAGACACAAGUGGACCCAUCCUUGAAGAUCAACACUAUAAAUGUUCCUCUUACUGUGCCUCCUACUGAAGCAGAAAUCAAUGAUAUGCCUCCUUCCAAAGACAGAAGUGGGCACAUAAAACGCCCAAUGAAUGCUUUUAUGGUUUGGGCACGGAUUCACAGACCAUCGUUAGCCAAGGCAAACCCAAAUGCUAAUAAUGCGGAAAUUAGUGUCCAGCUUGGCCUGGAGUGGAAUAAGUUGACUGAAGAACAGAAGAAACCUUAUUAUGAUGAGGCUCAAAAGAUAAAAGAAAAACACAGGGAAGAAUUUCCUGGUUGGGUGUACCAGCCACGACCAGGGAAAAAAAAACGAUUUGCAUUGGGUGUUCCUUCAAAUGUCUUUCCUGGUAGUGGUCAAAACAUUGUUUCUACAACUCCAGCAACAAUUUAUCCUUAUCGACCAGCCACCUACUCAGUGGUAAUUCCAAAUUUACAGGCAAAUGUUAAUCGACCAUCAGUUAUUGCAGGUCAAAACCAGUCUCUGCGUAUGCCUGUUACUCAAGGUCCUCGUCCCAAUUCAAUCAUAAUUUAUCCGCAAACAAAUCCUGUCCAGGUUGGUCUGCCUGCACAGAAUAUUUCCAGCCACCCUGCUGUGCCAGUCAGUUGUGCUCCAGGACACAGUAGGAGUGAGGUGCAUCACAAGGUACCUAGUCCAAGCACAGUAUCUAAUUGUACAGAGCAAAGGAUAUCUACAAUAUCAGUGAGUGUUGGCAAACGAAAUUCUUCCGGUGAAACUAAUAACACCCACAACAGAGGUGCAAUGCCUGAAGUCCCAACACAAAAGGAGAUACCAGCUGUGAACAACUGCCCCAGAAAUCCACCACCACUACCUUCAGCAACUCUCCCACAUCCUCAUGCUUACCAACACCCACCAAUGGGACACGCUGCUAAUCUGUUCGGAGCUGCUGCUCGAUUUCCUUUCCACCAUCCAUACUUUUUGCCUGGACCGCCCUACUUUCCUUCAAGUACUUGUCCUUAUAGCAGACCACCCUAUGGCUAUGGUGACUUUGCAAACAGCAUAUCCGAAUGCUUAGGCUACUAUGAGGACCGAUACCAGAAGCAUGAAGCUAUGUUCUCAGCACUGAAUAGAGACUACCCUUUCAGGGAGUACCCAGAUGACUGUCAAGGCAGUGCAGACUCCAGGAGCAAUAGCAGCAUUGAGGAAGGGCCCCACUCUAACAGCAUGGGAGGAGAAGAGUACCUGAGCUCCAUGCCACAGCUGGAUGUGGGAGCAUUGGAGAAUGUGUUCACAACUCCGAUGUCUGCUCCCUCACAGCCUCAGAGAGUGGAGGUGGUCCAUAGUGAUGAUGAACAAGAAGGAAAAAUUUUAAAAAGCCUGUAG